AUGCAAGCCUUCAGCAUUCUCAUCGCAUUUGCGAUCACGCUGAGCUCGACGCUUGCCGCUCCCACGGACGCCUCUACUCGCCAGCAGCAAAUCAACUAUGCCGAAGUUGCGGCGCUAAGUCAACAGCUCGGGAACUUACGCAAUUCCGUCCUGGGGCAGAUCCAACAAGUUACGGGUGACGACGCGACUUCGCGGAUCGCUGGUCAACUCAAGUUUGGCGGGUCCGUGCAACGCCUCAAGGGCGCCGCCAACGACAUCAGCAGUGCCAUUGAUUCCAUCCAGAAGACCUUGGAUAACGUCGCGUCUCAAUACUCUAGCAAUGAGAAAGCGAAUUGGAACAACUUCAGCUGA